AUGGAGGAGGAGGUGAGCUGUAGAUGUAUGGAGGAGGUGGGGACUUUGAUGGUGGUGGUGGGGACUUGUAGUGGUAAGGCGGUGGUGGUGACUUUGCUGGUGGUGGAGGUGAUUUGUACUGGUAAGGAGGAGGAGGGGAAGGUGACGGUGGAGGUGGUGAUUUGUAGACAUAAGGAGGAGGAGGUGAAGGUGAAGGAGGUGGUGGUGACUUGUAAACAUAAGGAGGUGGUGGCGAUUUAUAGAUGUAGGGAGGUGGAGGUGAUGGAGAUGGAGGUGGUGGUGACUUGUAGACAUAAGGAGGUGGAGGUGAUGGUGAUGGAGGUGGUGGCGACUUGUAGACAUAGGGAGGAGGAGGUGAUGGGGAAGGUGGUGGUGGUGAUUUAUAGACAUAAGGAGGAGGAGGUGAUGGAGAUGGCGGUGGAGGAGAUUUGUAGACAUAUGGAGGUGGUGGUGAGGGUGAUGGGGGUGGUGGAGACUUGUAGACAUAAGGAGGAGGAGGUGAGGGUGAAGGAGGUGGUGGUGACUUGUACACAUAGGGAGGAGGAGGUGAUGGUGAUGGAGGUGGCGGCGACUUGUAGACAUAAGGAGGUGGAGGUGAUGGUGAUGGAGGUGGUGGCGACUUGUAGACAUAGGGAGGAGGAGGUGAUGGGGAAGGUGGUGGUGGUGAUUUAUAGACAUAAGGAGGAGGAGGUGAUGGAGAUGGGGGUGGAGGAGAUUUGUAGACAUAUGGAGGUGGUGGUGAGGGUGAUGGGGGUGGUGGAGACUUGUAGACAUAAGGAGGAGGAGGUGAGGGUGAAGGAGGUGGUGGUGACUUGUAGACAUAGGGAGGAGGAGGUGAAGGUGAAGGAGGUGGUGGUGACUUGUAGACAUACGGAGGAGGGGGUGAUGGUGAUGGAGGUGGUGGCGACUUGUAGACAUAAGGAGGUGGAGGUGAUGGUGAUGGAGGUGGUGGCGACUUGUAGACAUAGGGAGGAGGAGGUGAUGGAGAUGGGGGUGGAGGAGAUUUGUAGACAUAUGGAGGUGGUGGUGAGGGUGAUGGGGGUGGUGGAGACUUGUAAACAUAAGGAGGAGGAGGUGAAGGUGAAGGAGGUGGUGGUGACUUGUACACAUAGGGAGGAGGAGGUGAAGGUGAAGCAGGUGGUGGCGACUUGUACACAUAGGGAGGAGGAGGUGAUGGUGAUGGAGGUGGUGGCGACUUGUAGACAUAGGGAGGAGGAGGUGAUGGGGAAGGUGGUGGUGGGGAUUUAUAGACAUAGGGAGGAGGAGGUGAUGGGGAAGGUGGUGGUGGUGAUUUAUAGACAUAAGGAGGAGGAGGUGAUGGAGAUGGGGGUGGAGGAGAUUUGUAGACAUAUGGCGGUGGUGGUGAGGGUGAUGGGGGUGGUGGAGACUUGUAGACAUAGGGAGGAGGAGGUGAGGGUGAUGGAGGUGGUGGUGACUUGUACACAUAGGGAGGAGGAGGUGAUGGUGAUGGAGGUGGUGGCGACUUGUAGACAUAAGGAGGUGGAGGUGAUGGUGAUGGAGGUGGUGGCGACUUGUAGACAUAGGGAGGAGGAGGUGAUGGGGAAGGUGGUGGUGGUGAUUUGUAGACAUAAGGAGGAGGAGGUGAUGGAGAUGGGGGUGGAGGAGAUUUGUAAACAUACGGAGGUGGUGGUGAGGGUGAUGGGGGUGGUGGAGACUUGUAGACAUAGGGAGGAGGAGGUGAGGGUGAUGGAGGUGGUGGUGACUUGUACACAUAGGGAGGUGGAGGUGAUGGUGAUGGAGGUGGUGGCGACUUGUAGACAUAAGGAGGUGGAGGUGAUGGUGAUGGAGGUGGUGGCGACUUGUAGACAUAGGGAGGAGGAGGUGAUGGGGAAGGUGGUGGUGGUGAUUUAUAGACAUAAGGAGGAGGAGGUGAUGAAGAUGGGGGUGGAGGAGAUUUGUAGACAUAUGGAGGUGGUGGUGAGGGUGAUGGGGGCGGUGGAGACUUGUAGACAUAAGGAGGAGGAGGUGAGGGUGAUGGAGGUGGUGGUGACUUGUAGACAUAGGGAGGAGGAGGUGAAGGUGAAGGAGGUGGUGGUGACUUGUAGACAUAAGGAGGUGGAGGUGAUGGUGAUGGAGGUGGUGGUGACUUGUAGACAUAGGGAGGAGGAGGUGAUGGGGAAGGUGGUGGUGGUGACUUAUAGAUAUAAGGAGGAGGAGGUGAUGGAGAUGGGGGUGGAGGAGAUUUGUAGACAUAUGGAGGUGGUGGUGAGGGUGAUGGGGGUGGUGGAGAGUUGUAACGGUAUGGAGGGUGCGCAGAUUGCUUUGGUGGUGGGAAAUUGUAGUAACGUUUUGUGCUGUGGGGUGGUGGUGGUGAAGAAUAAGUGUAAGGCUCAGUAG